UAUAGGUAAAAGCUAACAACGUGAAAUGAACUAUUUGUUUAAAUUCAAAGCAUGAAUGUUGGGUUAAAAGCUACAGCAAUAUGUUGAGAAAUUUCAUCGCAUGCUUUUGUAUGUUCAGUCUACCUGCGGUAUUUGCUGGGGGUUGCAUAAGGGGGGGCGUUGGGGUCGAGGGGUUGCGCCGAAAGCUAUUGGUCCAAGGGCGCCACCUGCGGAUAAUUCAACGAACUUCGACAUCGCAUGUCAGUUGCAGUUUCCAAAUCCCAUGGCCGCAGGAAAAUACAUUCGAUGACGUCAGCCAUAUUAAAGAAACUGCGUUACACCUCAGAAUUGGGAUCCUAUUAUUACGUAGUUACACGUCAUCAUGUGGGGGGUCCGAGCGGCUUCGUCAGUUUGUUGCUCACCUACAGGAAUAUUAUAUGCGGAUAAAUAUGAUGGUCGCAUGCCAGGGCUCGACGCAAAGCCAAACAAGUUUCAUCAAUUCGAGAACUUUCCCGUCAUCUUGUAUUGUGUUUGUUCAUGAUUAUAUUCUCGCAUUGUUACGUCACUAUUCCCCUCGACCCCGGGUCGCGCGUUCUUCGACAAGACGAAGACGUCAUAAAGGCUUGCUUCUUUAUAAGCGUCACAUUGGACGGUGUGACGUCACACCGUUAAGUGUGACGUCACAAACUAAGUAA